AAUUUCAAAACGUGUAUGAAAGUUUUAUCCAUUUGGACACGUAAUCGAGAAUGUUCAAGUUCAAAUCACGCGGAAGACGGAACUGUUAUCGCACAUGACCCGUUUAAACCCGGCGAGGGAGACGUACGGUACAGACGGGGGAAGCAUGGUCUGGUUCGUGGUGCUCGGAAUAAUAUGCAGUUUAACCGUAGCGUUUAUCAUGUAAGUAAACAAAUUCACGUCGGAAUAAUAUGCAGUUUAACCGUAGCGUUUAUCAUUUUCAGCAGGAGAAGACACACUGUAUUUAAGCGACUUAAUAUCCCUGGUCCAGAACCCAGCACGUUUUUGGGAAUCAUUCCUUUGAUCAAGGAGAAGGGAAUCGCAAAAACAGAUUUGGAGUUGGUGUCAAAAUAUGGAAAAAUUGUCGGGGUUUACGUGGGUCACAGACCGGUUUUACUUACCAGCGAUGCUAGCUUUAUACAACAAGUCUGCGUUAAGAAGUUUAACUGCUUCAAGAACAGAGUGAGUAUUAUGAAUUUAGGAUGCACCUUGCAGUCGGCUGUUGCUUUGACUAAAGACGAGCAUUGGGAAAUCCUCCGCAGAAGAUUGGCGCCAUUGUUUUGUCCCGGGAAACUCCAAAAGUCAGGUGUAUUAGCCAUUAUAACUGAAUCUGCCCAAGAAUUGGUAGAUCAUGUGAAGGAAUCGUUAACUGCUAAUAAAAAUGGCUUUGAUUUCUAUAAAGUAUGUGCAUGUUUUUCUAUGGACGUUUUAUGUUCAUCUAUAUUUGGAUGUCACGGGACUAGUCGUAACACCUCUAAUGAAGAUUUGAUACGAAAGGUUCUUGCAGCAUUUGAAGCUGGAAAUAAAAAUGUUGUAAAACCCGUAACAUUAUGUGCGAUAUUUCCUGCUUUGCGGCAUUGGUUCCAAUGUCGGAACUACAACCCGAUUUCCAAGGAGAUCAGACAGUUCUUUGAAGAUCACAUGACGAGAGAGAUUGAGAAGAGGAAUAAUCCAAAGAAUAGAUGCGAUGGCCUUUUACAGAGCAUGCUAGAAUCGGAUAGCAAUUCAAAUUCCACUGGGGAAAGGAAGGCAGCAAAUCUGGAGUUAAGCAUAUCCGACCUCACGGCUAAUAGUUUAUUCUUCGUCCUGUCCGGAUACGAAACAGUGGCUAAUGCGCUAGGACUGACGGUUUUAUGUCUUGCAGUACAUCCUGAAUGUCAGCAUGAAUUGAUAAAUGAAAUAACAACAUGUUUAGAGACAACUAAUUCUGCUCGUUACAAAGAGAAACUGUCACAUUUCGAAGACAUUCAGAAGCUGAAAUACUUAGACCACUGCGUAAACGAGAGCCUGCGUUUGUUUCCACCUUUUCUUAGAUUCAACAGAGCCACAAAUGCAGAAAGUGUGAUCAAUGGAAUGGUAGUACCUAAGGGAGUUGACGUCACAGUGUCUGUGUAUGCGUUGCAUCAUGAUCCCGAUGUCUGGAUAGAACCGGAGAAAUUCGAUCCCGACAGGUUUUCAGAAGAGAGAUUUACAACAUCACAUCUCAGCAACUUUUUACCAUUUGGCCUUGGGCCAAGAGACUGUUUUGGAAAGGAUUUUGCCAUGUUGGAAGUUAAAAUAGCACUAGUCCAUUUACUGCUCCGCUAUGAAGUAUCCCCCUUUCCUGAUACAGAGUUUCCUCCGGUUUUGGAAAAGGGAAAUUUUUCAAAAUCAGAAAAUGGAAUCAGGCUGAAAUUUUCUGAGCGCAUGCAAUGGUGAAGAGUAACAGCAGACACUUCAAGAGAAAACAUGAAUUGUGUAGAAGCAAUAAUGACUUGUCAUUUUACAAGAAAAUGUCAAUGUCGCGUUCAUGGGAUGAAAAUGAGGACGUCCACACUGGAGAGACUCUCCCUGAUAUCACAUGAUUUUAGAUAUUGUGUAGACGCUGUGAUUAGUAAACUUAAAAUGCAUGGAGUAGAAGUGUUCGACAGAAUACAAUGUGAUGCAAGAUCGAUGUUUCUUAGCGAUCAGCAGUGAAUGAACAUACGUAGAAAAUCUUUCAUUAACGUUUUAUAUAACAUAUUUGCGAGAAAGUUCAUGUACAAGUUAAUUAGUAUUGGAAUCCUCGCUAUGAGACUGAAUCAGAGAUCGAUGGGGACCAAUUCAAGCAAUGCCAAGUUAGAUAUACAUAAUUAAUCGAUCUUGUUCUCAUUCAGGGUUUUUUUUGGUCGAGAUUUUGGCAGACCAUGCAAAAGAAACUCACUUUUAUUCAGCAAUAACACGAACAAAAUGGAAUGCAAGAAAAACAUAAAGAUUUGUAACAAUACAUGACAUAAUUAAUAAGAUAUUUACACUCAAAUCGUAACACGUUACAUUUGCACAAUAUACAACAUCAUAGUUGAUAGAAUAAUAUAGAUACACAAAUAGAUUCAUAAGUGAAUAAAGCCGAUUAUCUAUAUUAAUUGGAUACCUUUAAAAGGCAAAUGACAUUGUAUUAUCAAACAAGUUUGCUUAUAAGCUAUAACUUGAAACCAAUGAUUGAAUGACUAAGAAAAUUCAUCAACUUUACGAGCAGCUUUAGGUUUAUUUGUGCGAUGACGACUACGAAGGUCUACGCAACUUAACACGGUAAGAGCAUGAAAGCCCCAGUUGUCUACUGUUGAAAAUUACGAUCAAGCGGUUUGUCUGAUGUACAUGUAAUAUAUGUUUUAUCGACACUCAAAAACUCGGAUCAGGGUAAAUACUGCAAUAUUGUACAUGUAUUUGGUAAAUCUAGUUUUAAAUGUGUAUAUCUAUUCAUGUAAUACUACCCUAUGACAUUUUGUUGCAAUAAAUAUUAAAAGCAA